AUGGAUGAACUGUCACUAGGCUUCCGCAGGUCUGGCGUCCCGGCGCCUCAUGCGCAGCCGCAGGGGAUAGCCUGCACCGACGCCGGUAUCAAGGGAGGCGACGCGCUUCCCGCAACUUCAAGCUUCGACGUGAUGGAUCACUUCAACGCAACAGUCAAGGAUGGAAAGCUGGUCAAGACUCGGCGAGGGCUACAAGUCUCGAGGCAAAGAUUUAACGGGCUGUCUUUCGUUAACACAUCUCCCCGGGACACCGGCGCCGGGGCGGGUCCAUCGAGUACAACAGGGACUCCGGGCUCGUCACAGCAAGAGAUCAAGUUUGUCGAAGAGGGUAGCGAAUCCCAAAAUGAAGGGAGUUACUGGAACGAUGCCGCGCAUUCCGAAUCCUCGCUCGGGGCUCAGGGGCCAAGACGGCGGCGGAGGACGGCACGGAGGGGGAAAUCGCCGGCGACGCCCGGGGCAGGAACCCCAUCCCGACACUCCCCGACACCCUUCGACGAGCGAAGCUUCCAACUCGGGCAAUCCGCCGUAAGCCAGGACACGCUCCACAUCGAUCCGGCCCUCGACGGGCCGGUCAUAGGAACAACGGGAGAUGCCGCUGCUGGCCCGGAGUCUCCUUUGUCAGACGAAGAUCGGGCACUGUUCAGCCGCUACUUUGACUGCACCCCACGCAGCAUGUAUCCCAAUGAGGACAUCCUAUCGUAUAACCCUUCGAGGGGAGCAGACUUCUACUCCAUGGUCACGAGCGACAGGGCUGCUCAGCACUGCGUGCUCAUGUGCGGGAGCAUCGCGGUGGCCCUCGAGACGCAGACGGAACCGAAAGACCUCGCAUACCACAUAUCCAAGAUAUGUGCCAUCCUCAACCGGAAGCUCAACCAACAGCACGCUGCCGACGUGGUAACUCUACAUUGCAUUGCAAAGUUGGCUUGUGUAGGGUGUUACGUCGGACGUCUCGACCAUUGGCAGCUUCAUAUGUCUGGGCUACAAAAGGUACUCGACUUGAACGGGGGUCUGGAUGGGCUGCCGCCGUGGCUGCUGGCAGAGAUGUACAAAGCCGAUCUUCGAGGCGCCGUAGCCCUGGUAUCGAGCCCAUACCUCUCUUGUACCCGGCAAUACAACCCAGUGUCCGAUAUCGUCCCUCCUGAGCAAUCCGUCUCGCACGCCGAUCCCCCAGCACCGUCACCUUCGAUCCCCACGUUUUCACCGAAGAAUGGCAAGCCCUCACGCGCGCACUGCUCACCCACCCCGGCCCGCUCCGCGACUCCUCCUCCUCUUUCAACCCCUACUCAACCUCACUCUCCAACCCAGGCAGCUACAUCUCCAACCACCGCCUCCUCCCCUUCGUCCCCAUCACCCCGGCCCAACCCCCAGAAGAUGGCGGCGACGGCGGCCGCAACAACCCCCUCGAACCCGCCCUGCGCCUAG